AUGGAACAAGAGCAACCAAGCCCAGUACAGAAGCCUUUAUUGGCUGGCAAACGAGUGAUUGUUACCGGAGCUGGAAUCGCUGGGCUCGCCUUCCCGCUGGCACUUCGUAAGCAAUGGCCCUCAAAGUAUGACGCGGAAUUUCCAACUAUCGUCAUCUAUGAACGAGAUGAUCUCAAGACCCAGAUAGGCCGAGAGGGAUAUUCGAUCUCCAUUCGCGGUGAUGCGUUGGCAGGUGGUAUGCAGGCCCUGCAAAAAAUUGGCAUCCUAGAGAAGCUCCUGGAUGUGAGCUUAACCGGGCGAGACAACAGCACGCAUACAGAUGGCGAAACAUCACAGGAUAGGGGUGCAUUUUGCCUCUGGGAUCUCAAAUGGAAUUGUCUGCUAAGAAUGACGGGCAAGGCCACUGAUACUGAGCUGCCAGCUCCGAGUAUGCGUAUCAAGCGAGAUGCGUUGCGGACCGUGCUAAUUGCAGCGGUUGACGCGAUAAGUCAUGUCACUAUGCAUUGGCGGACGCCGUGCCUGAGUGCUGAGAUCUCACCGGGAGCUGAGCAACCUGUAAAGGUCUGUUUGGCGGAUGACCGUGUUGAUUAUAGUGACUUCUUGAUUGUCGCCGAUGGCGCGGGGAGUAAGGUCCGCUCUAAGCUACGACCAACCGACACCCUGAACUAUGCAGGAAUCUGCAUGAUUUCGGGCACAGCGCGCUUCGGUGAGAACGAGAUCCCUAAGCCGAUGGACAAGAAUUGGGGAGGUGUACUCGGCGGUGGUGGAAUAGGGCUUUUCGUGUCCGCUGUUGAUUCGCGAAGUGCUCUAUGGGCUCUCAGCUACCCAGAGAUCCAUGCACGAGAUCGACUGGCCGCACCUAUGUCUGAAGAGCAGGUACAGUCUGUUCUUCAGGAAGCCCUCGAGCUAGGGAGACCGUUCAUGGAACCACUACCGACUCUGAUCAAAGCUACUGAUCCUAGUACGCUGACCGUUAUGAAUGCUAUGGACAAGCAGCCUUUCGCGCAUGACAAUGGCUGCCCGAUUAUUUUUAUUGGCGAUAGUAACCAUGCAAUGAGUCCAUUCGCGGGCAACGGCGCCAACAUGGCCCUCUGUGACGCAUGGGACCUAGCGGAACAGCUAUGUCAAUCGGAGACUUUGGAGCACGCUCUUAGGACAUACGACGGCUUGAGCAUGCCUCGAUCUUCUAAAGCUAUUGACAUGUCACACUGGUCGAUCUCUCUGCUUCAUUCUCGGGGGUUGAAGUUAUUGUGCUACAAAUUGUGUCUCGCGGUCCUGAGACUCUUCAUUUAA